GGCGGCAUGACCUUCCUCGCGUUCGAGUACCUCAAGCAGUCGGCGCCGCAUGGCUUGACCUGCAACGCGCUGAGCCCGUACCGCAUGCGGGUCAAGGCCGACCCGAACGCUGCCACGUCGGCCACGUGCACGUCUCUCGACGUCGUGUCGCAGUGGUCGUCGUCGUCGUCGUACCUCAGCAUCCAAAACAGCUACGACGAUGUCAUGAAGGCGCUGCAGAACGGGCCUCUGAGCAUUAGCAUUGAUGCGAGCGGCGCGGGCUUCCGCCAUUACGGCAGCGGUAUCUACGACGCGUCCGACUGCAAGAGCGAUGGCGUCACGGUCGACCACGCCGUCAUGCUCAUGGGCUAUGGCGCCACGGCCGGUGGGGAGCUCUACUGGAUCGUACGCAACUCGUGGGGCACCAUGUGGGGCGAGAACGGUCAAAUGCGCAUGAAGCGGACGCCGGCAGCGUCGACCUCCAAGUUUGGCCCGUGCAACGCCUUUCUCUAUGCGACGCAGCCGACGGGACUGAAUUAUGUGAGCACGAGCAAGUGCGUGACGAGCCUCGCGUCGACCAACGAUGACGACGCUGCGUCGAUGCACUACUUGCCGUCGAGCGGGCUUUUUUUCGGCGUCGCAUCGGCGCUCGCAGCCCUCGGCCUUGCGGGGGCAAUCGCCGGCGAGUGGCGCCUUCGGUCGGCCUUUCCGAAGCAAACGUACGUCGAGAGCUUCCUCAACCACCAGCUGCCGAGCCGCGAGCAGCUCGUUGCGCACAUGGCCAAGAAGAAGAUCAAAGCCGACGCGCUCGUGUAGGGACUCUCGGCCCUAAAGAGACCACUUCCUCGAAGGGUCUACGCUCUACCCACUAUAACGGAGCUCUCUGUCCACUUUAACGGAGCUCUCUGCCCACUUUAACGGAGCUAUCUGCCCCCUUUAACGGAGCUUUCACACACGA